AUGUCGUUUGAUAUCGAGCACGUCGUGAAGAACGCGACCAACAUCGAGAAGUGGAUGCUACUGUCUGGAUCCGACUUUUGGCAUACAGCAGCACUUGAACGAUUCGAUGUACCACGCGUCCGAUGCAGCGACGGCCCCAAUGGCAUCCGCGGUACACGCUUCUUCGGCGGAGUCUCGGCAGCAUGUAUUCCAUGCGGCACAGCUUUAGGCGCAACAUGGGACAAAGAACUGCUCUUCAAGGCUGGCAAGCUACUGGGGGAUGAAUGUAUCUCUAAGGGCGCCCACUGCUGGUUGGGACCCACCAUCAACAUUCAGCGCUCACCAAUGGGAGGCCGUGGCUUCGAAAGCUACUCCGAAGACCCUCACCUAUCUGGUCACCUCGCGGCGAGCAUCGUCAAGGGAUGUGAAAGCACCGGCGUCCAAGCGACACCAAAGCAUUUUGUUUGCAAUGACCAGGAACACGAGCGGAGAGCUGUCAACACAAUCAUUCCUGAACGAGCACUGCGAGAAGUUUACCUCCGACCGUUUCAAAUUCUUGCUCGGGAUGCGCGGCCUGGCGUUCUGAUGACUUCAUACAACAAGAUCAACGGUCUUCACGUUGCACACGAUCCUCGAAUCCUUACCGGUAUUGUACGAGAAGAAUGGGGCUGGGAUCCACUGAUCAUGAGUGACUGGCAUGGAACAUACUCAACGACUGAAGCUGUGAACGCUGGCAUGGACCUUGAAAUGCCCGGACCUCCAAAGAUGCGUGGGCGACUGGGCGACUUUGUUCAAAGCUCACGUCUCAUCAAACAGUCUGUCCUCGACCAAAGAGCGAGACGGGUGCUGGAAUUCGUCAAGCGUGGGGCGAAGAUUGAUAUCAAAGAAGGGCCCCGAGAUCUACCGGAAGAUCGAAAAUUGAACCGUGAGAUCUGUGGGAAGAGUAUUGUGCUGCUGAAGAACGACGACGGUCUCCUUCCGCUCCCCAAGAACGCUAAAAAGGUCGCCCUACUCGGAUCGCAUAUGAAACUUCCAGUCAUAUCUGGUGGCGGCAGUGCUGUGUUGCAGCCUUACUACACCGUGACUCUCUCAGAAGCGUUGACCGAACGCUAUGCUGCUGCUGGUGUUGAAGUGACGCAUGAAGUCGGUGUGCCAGCGUACAAGAUGCUUCCCCUGCUUAGCAAGCUCAUCCAGCGACCCGACCGCUCUCAUAUUGGAGGUAUCAUGCGCUUCUACAAUUCACCCGUUGGAACCCCGGAUCGAAAAUGGGUCGCUGAAGAGCACUUUCAGACUGCAUAUUGCCAGUUGAUGGAUUACAAGCACCCUCAACUGAACUUUGAUCUCUUCUUCAUCACUGCCGAAGCAAUCUUUACACCGGACGAGUCAGGCCUUUGGGAUUUUGGUCUGUCUGUUUACGGCACGGCAAACGUCUAUCUGGAUGGCGAGCUGAUAAUUGAUGAAUCAACAGAGAAACAAAAUGCUGGAGGCGCGUUCUUCGGCAAAGGCACACCGGAAAAGAAGGGCUCAAGACACCUCAAGGGUGGCAAAGAGUACAAAAUCAUCAUUGAGUUCGGUAGCUCCGCCACUUCGACUAGCCCGCAGAUUGGAGUGACUACAUUCGGUGGAGGUGGAUUCAGACUGGGCGCAGCGAGGAGAGUCAACACAAGCGUCUCUAUCCAACGAGCCUGCGAUCUGGCAAAGGAAGCCGACUACGCUGUCAUGUGCACCGGAUUGACCGAAGAAUGGGAGUGCGAAGGAUCCGAUCGAGUGUCGUUCUCGCUUCCUCCGGGCGUCGACGAGCUCAUCUCGAAAGUCCUGGAAGCACAACCGAAGACUGUACUCGUGACGCAGUCUGGAACUCCGUUCGGUAUGCCGUGGAUCAGCAAGGCCAAAUCCGUUGUGCACGCUUGGUAUGGAGGAAACGAAGCUGGCAACGGUAUUGCGGAUGUGCUGUUUGGAGACGUCAAUCCCAGCGCCAAGUUGCCUCUGAGCUGGCCAGCUAGCCUCAAGGACAAUCCCGCAUACCUCAAUUGGGGCAGCACACAAGGUAGGGUAAUGUAUGGAGAAGACGUCUUCGUCGGAUACAAGUUCUACGAUGAGAUGGAGAGACCACCGCUGUUCUCCUUUGGGCAUGGACUAUCGUAUACUACAUUCUCAAUCAAGCCAAAAGCAGUGUUGAAGGAUGCUGUGAUGGUGGAAGUACACAACUCUGGCAAGAUCGAUGGCACGGAAACGAUCCAAGUCUAUAUCCACGCGAAGACCAGUGCUAUUCGUCGACCUCUAAGAGAACUUCACGGGUUUGCCAAAGUUCUUCUCAAGGCAGGUGAGACGAAGACAAUCGAGGUCAGCAUCGACAAAUACGCAGCCAGUCUCUGGGACGAAGCGGAGGAGCAGUGGAUGCGCGAGAAAGGUGAAUACGAAGUACUGGUCGGGCCGACAAGCAGAGAAGGUGACAUGGUAUCUGCUGGCUCUUUUGAGGUAGAGGAGACAUCCUGGUGGCUCGGCCUGUGA